GCAAAGAUGAGAAUGCACACAGUGAGAGAGAGAGAGAGAGUUUAGGUGUGAUAUCUAUGGGUAGACAGCCUCCACAGCAGCACCAGCAUGCAGCCCCGCCGUCAGUGCAUCACCACCAGCCAAGCAGUCAACCAAACACACAGCUGCACACACGGCAAGUAAUGAACGACAUCGCACAUUGCGUGUGUGCUGGUUGUGGUGGUGCUUGGCCGCUCACUUCAGUGUGUGUGUAUGUGUGUCUCGGGGUUUGUUUGGGCAUCAAAAGUACAAGACGCUGCCGAUGCCGAAGUAGCCCGGCAGCGACCACUUAGCUAUCAGCGCGUCAUGCUGGCCCUGCAUCAACACACAUCCGCAGAGAAGUGUGUGUGUGUGUGUGUGUCCAUCUGUGAGAGUGAGUGCCGUGUGGACGCACCACAGCCUGGUCGGGUUUGCCGUAGCUCCUCCCCAGGUUGCCCAUCCGCGUGACGCACUCGCCAAGCAGCUCACUCUUCUUGCCCUUCUUGAUGCCCGUCACUGUCACCAACGUGUCCGUCUGCACACACACACAAACGACAGACACCCCAGCCGUCAAGACAUCCAUGGUGUGUUUUUCCUUCCUCCGCCAGACAGACGCACCCAGGUUCUCUCGCCGUGCAGCGGCUGGCCUUCCCGGAGAAGAAAUUUCUUGCGGCUCAUGUACACGGCAGCAGCCUGGCCGAUCGAUGGCAUGGGAGUAUGUCAUCAACACCACACACAGACAGUGAGGGCGAGGCGAGAAAUGGGUGUUGGUUUGUAUGUGUGUGUGUCUGUGUGUGUGUCCAUACCGCGGUCAUGCUGGCCUUGUACUUGGAGAAGUUAUAGUCCGUCAACGACAGCUCCUGCACACGCACACACGACACAGACACGACACGGACAUAUGAGUGGUGCUGUGAUGCUGAGGUGUGGUUGUGGACGAACUCACCAGGAGGAAGUGGACGAAGGCGUGUUCCUUGGAGCCCAUGGCGAUGCCGCCCGCCUUGGCGAACCGAUCAGCAAACGUGGCCGCAGUCGACUCCGGCAACUCCAUGCCCACCGUCCUGCAUCAAGGCACCACACACACAGGUGUCACCCUCCCUCCCUCCCUCCCUCUGUGUGCGGCCGUACAUGAGUAUGUGGAUCUCCAAGUUGAGGAGGUCGACGGCGGUGUAGGUGCGGUCCCUCAUGCCGCUGGCCAGCGGCACCUCGUUGAUGAGGUCGACCAGCUGGGCCACACUCACGGGCACCUUCUCCUCGUACUUGGACGCUAUCAACAGACACGCGAAACCCACCUGACAGACACAAUACACACACACACACACACACACGGCUCUCGUGUCUUUCUGUGUGUGAGGAUUGAUUUGACGUACCGCCAUUGGGUUGCGGACCAGCAGGUCGGUCUCCUCCUUCCGCUGCUGCCACACUGCACACCACAACACAGCACAGCAAAGAGGGAAUGAGUUCAGUGUGUGUAUCCCAUCUGGAUUUGUGUGUCUGUGUUGAGUUACGUUUGUGCUCAUAGUGGUCGAAGAGGCGCACAGCCAGGUGCUGUGCCGCCCUCGUCACGUCCAUGCGGUCGCAGCCGUCGGCCACUCGGUCCACCGUGAAGCCGCGGAACUGGUUGAACGUGUUGCCGCAGCCCUGCAGGAACUCCUCAGACACCUCAUAACGGUCCUGCACACACCACACCACCACAGCCACCACACAAUGCACACGCGCCGGAUGGUCAGUGUGCGGUUUGCUCCCUUACGCGGCUCUUGUGUGCGGGAAUGAUGGAGGGGUGCUGUGCCACCGUCAGGUUGUUCUUGAACGCCGCCUCACUGUAGUCGGGCGUCAUGGCCUGGAGCUUCGCCAUCCUGCCAUUGCCCAACACGGCCUCUCGCUCGGCGGCAUUCUGCCGCUGAAUCGUGAGCUGCACCUGGUCAGUCGCCUGCUGGUUAGCCUUCUUGGUCUUGCCGCCUUUGCAGUAGGGCUGGCUGCGGCCUGAGGAGCGUCCCUUGGAGCCCUGCAAUGACACACACACAUUGUUUGUAUCAGUGUGAGGCUGCCGGUGGAUGUGGCUGCUGCAUGCACGCCCUGCCUCCCCUGACAUACCGCUUUCGGCAUCGGACAGCGUAGAGAGAGCAGAAUGAGACGAUUCGACGCCAGUCAGUACCAAAUGGUCAGUACAGAAGACGGACGACGCAGAAAAGUGGACAAAGCGACAAAAGAAGUGAACAACUCGACAACAGCGACAGAUCCGCCGAAG